ACUUCAAAGAAACAUUCUCUUAUUUCACUGUGUUACCAAUCUCUCCUAGACAUGUCAAUUAAAAUUGUCUUCGAACAAAUUGAACUAACGGCCCAUCAUAUUUUGACGGAUUGCGAUCUCCAAUCUGUGACAAUAAGAAAAGAUGAUCACAACACAAAAGAAGAUCCUGUAACGGAAAAGAAAAAUCUCAAAGUAUCAAAAACACUGUAUCGUGAUGCAUUGGUUGGAACUGACGUUGAGACUGAAAAUAAAAGUGUUGGUCCGAGUAUUCUCAAAGUCAAUGUGGCAACUAAAUACGAGUUCCAGAAGUUGAACGCAACUCAGAUCCAUCGAGCGAUUAACGAUCCCAAACUUGGUGAAUUUCUUAUUCGAGUGUAUCCACUGCUCAAAGAAGAACUGGACAAUUCGGAUUUGUUCAAUAAACUCUGAUAAAUUAAUUUAGUUUUACCACUUUUUAUUAUUUGCCAAAUACAAAAUAAAAAAACAUUGAAAAAAA